CAAUAAACUUGUAUAAUUAUUUGUCACAACUCGCAAGCGUCUUUACCAAUCACCAAAGACUUCUGUUCCUUUUCUUUGGUCUGUGUCUAACUCCAUGGCAGCUCAACCACAACCAGCCAUCUCUGACUAUAUGGUUGCGCUCGUGGAAGUCCUUUCUCCCUUCAUGUUCCCACCACGACCGCAAGUAUUUGUCAAUUUUCGAGGAAAGGAGCUUAGGAACGGCUUCGUGAGCCAUGUAGUGAAGGCCUUGAAAGACGUGAGAAUCAAUGUUUUCAUAGAUAGCUUGGAGCGGAGAGGAGUGGAGACACUGGAGCACCUCUUGAAGAGGAUUGACGAGUCCGAGAUGGCUCUGGCAAUAUUCUCGGACCGAUACACCGAGUCCGAAUGGUGCUUAGACGAGCUAGUGAGGAUGUAUGAUCGAAUGAAGGAAGGGAAGCUUGUGGUGAUCCCUGUCUUCUAUAGAGUAAGCACCGAUGAUGUGAAAAAUUUCCGGGGAGAAUUUGGGAGACAGUUUACGAACACGGUUAGGAGGAAGUUUGGGACUAUUGAGGCUCCUUCGGCUCAGCGUUGGAUGAUUGCUGUCACGUCUAUUGCCUCCAUGACCGGUUUAACCUCAGAAGUCCACAGCAUUGAUAGCAAACUUGUGGAGAAGAUUGUGGAGGCAAGUAAGAGGCAACUAGGACAUUUUUCUUCCGCGUGUCUGACGAUUUAUGCCGAAGUUUCCGUAGAAUGUUUGGUGGCUUUGGCUGUUUUUAUGGUUCGUUGUUAUAUGAACCCUAAAAUGAAACUAGGUGAUCCUGGUUUGUUUAAUUUUACAAAUUUCUUACUUUACUUUGUUAUCCGGAAGAGUUUACUUUGGUGUAUGAGCUGACGAGAAAUAGAUGACAUGAUGAAGAGAUGAUUGCUUCUCUGAAGUUUUUUAA